UUGUAAGAGGACGUAAUGACCCAGUGCUGCGUACCGUGACAAAUGUCUCCGAUAAAGGACUUCUCUUUUACAUAUGAAGCUCUCAACCCAGAUAUCUUCUUCUCCGAGGGCGACACCAUCACAGGCACUGUGACUGUGACUUUGACUAAAGACACCAAGGUCAAGAGCAUCUCCGUCAAAGCCAAAGGGGAUGCGUGGGUCCAAUGGAUGGAGGCAGACGAAGAGAGUGUGGUAAUAAUGCACCGCAUGACCAAGAGAUAUUUCAAAGUGAAACGAUACCUGGUCUCAGAAACUUCCAAAGGUAAAUAUAAUUACACUGUACUUCCCCGAGGAGUCAAUCACUUGAAGUUCACUCUUACAAUCCCCCUGGUGGACUUGCCAUCAUCGUUCAAGGGGCCGCAUGGACAGAUCGUUUACAGGCUCGAGGCUAAGCUGUCCAGGUCCUGGCACUGGCCUUUAAGACGACAAUGCGAGAUAAAGUUUUUUUCAAAGUCGCUCCAACACCUUGACCAAGUAGUGAUGUAUGAAUCAGUGAACACAGACCUGGGUAUUAUUUCAAGGAGAAUGGUCAAAAUGCUUGCGAUUGUCGACAGACUGAUUUACUCUCCAGGUGACACUGUGUCAAUUUCUGUCAAUAUCAACAACUCCUCUUCCAGACGAAUAAAGCCCAAAGUCAUUUUACGGCAGAUAACAGUGUACAGCACCGGAAUCUCUGAUAAAACUUGUGUCACAAUUCUAUGCCGAAUGGUUGGGAAAAAGAUCACUAAGAAAUCAGAGGAAAUGGUGACCUUCCAGUUGAGGAUUCCUGAUGAUGCCAACUACACCCUCACGAACUGUGAGCUUGUCUCAGUUCAAUAUUACCUCAAGGUGUAUUUGGACAUCAGCAAUACUAAAGACCCAGAGGUGGAGUUUCCACUGGUCAUCGCUCCCUCUUCCGUGGCUAACGCAGUGCUUGGAGAGGCUGUGGAGACGAACCCAGCUGGUGCCCCUUGGGGGUCAAGCUAUAGCGACCUCUCUCCCUCUGCUUUACCUGACGAAAGUGAUACAUGGACGUAAUAACAAUCAGUGGCCAUACAACUAUGCUUCUCCAUACAGUCUUUCACGCGCGUCCUUCCUCUGAUGAUGUUGCUCAUUCUAAGAUACAACUGUCCUUUACUGCUCCUUCAGAAUAGUAAUAAUCAGAGUAAUAAUUUACUGGCAAUUAGAACUCAGGGAAUCCAGAAAACUAAAACUCAGGGAGAAAAGUAGAGUAAAGAGGGAACAGAAGUCUCUCAAGAGUUCACAGGGGCGGACUCAUGAUACAGAAUUUGGUUUAGGGAAUGAGGAGGGAACAACCUAGAUAUUUUCACUUGGUCCUGAACUUUUAAUUUGGAUCUUUAUUUAUUCAUGCACAACUUAAACAUAUUUAUUUCACUCAACUUAUAUUCUUCUAUAAAAAUAUGGUUUUCAUAGGCAAACUGAACCUGACGUGUUGCAGACACAACAUAAGAAUUGCAGGCAAAACGGGAUCUGUAAGAUACAGAUACAGUUUAAUUAUUAUAUAAACAAAGAUUUACUCUCCAGGUAAAGUCAGUGCAGCUCACCUAUAACCAAGCGUCAUGUUGUUAGUCAUUAGACCUUAUAUCAGAUAUUUGCAGCUUUGCACAUUGUUUCAUCGCUCAGUUGGAUGGAAGUUGUUCAGGUAUUAAUAUAAGUGUGAUUACCGCGUCCCCAAAAAUUCAAAUUAUUUGUAUAUGUACAGGGUAUCGUGUAAUAAACUACUGUUCAAUUAUUGACAA